GGAGGUGAUUAAAUGUAUCUCUCUCACACACACACACACUCUCACGUCAUAUACUUCAAAGAUCUAUAAGCUUUGUUGUGGUGUAACGCUAAUAUGAGUGCUCCAGCAGGAACACAAGACCUUAACUACUUAUAUGCAUCGAUUGCUAAUGUAUCCAACUUUGUUUCAGUGAAACUUUCAGGCAACAAUAAUUAUCAUGUUUGGAAGUCGCAAAUGCUUUGCUUGUUGGACAGUAACAAUAUGGGUGGAAUUGUGGAUUCCACAUUUGUCGGCCCAACAAAUUCGGACACAAACAUAGUGAGACAAUACGACAGUCUUGCUAGAGGUUGGAUUUUCGGUUCUGUUAGUGAAGGUGUACUUGCAGUUGUCCACAAUCUUGGUUCCGCUAAAGCUGUUUGGGAUAAACUAAAAUCCAUUUAUGAUCUUCCUAUAUGUUUGCAAGAAGAUUCAACUUCAAAAGAAUCUGAUGCGGAAACAGAAAAAAACGUCGACAGAGAUUCUGUUUCAGUGGAAACAAACACAAUUGAAGAAGAUGCAGAUUCAACAAAAAUAGUAGUUACAAUAGAAACCCAAACAAAAAAUGAAGACGAGCUAGAGAGUAAAAAGAAGAUCCAACAUAAGAACUUACGGGAAGCCACUAUAAACGGGGUCUGGUUUGAUACAGCAAUCUUGCUAGAUAAAGAUAAGGACCUAGCAACAGAGCCAAUCAGUGAUGAUGGCAGCACAAUACUUCACUUUGCAGUUGCAAUAGGUCGUAAUGAUUUUGUGAAAAGAUUGUUUAGGUAUAUAAAUGAUGAGCAAGUACUUAAACAGAGAGACUCUGAUGGAAGCACGGCGCUUCACAUUGCUGCUAUUGUUGGGAACAAACAAGCAGCUGAUCUCCUGGUUAAAAAGAACAACAAGUUGUUACGAAUUGAAGACCAUGAGGGUGAAUUACCACUAAAGAAGGCUUAUGAAAAUAUGCAUCUUGAUACCAUUGAAUAUUUGAUGAAAGCUAUUGAUGAUAAUAAACAACUCGAGUCGUUAUUUUCCAUACCUGAUGAAGAAAUUGGUGUCCGCCUUCUUGUUAAUGCUAUUUCUGCAAAACAUUACAGUUUAGCAUCAAACUUGGUGCAAAGGCUUCCUAAAUUUGCUUCAAAAGGAGAUGAUGUACUCAUGGCUCUAGCUAAAACCUUUCCGAGUGGGCUAAACUUUGGAGAAAAAUUCUUCUAUCCUUGUAUUUGCAAUGGGUUACAUAUUUAUUAUUUGGACUUCUAUUUUAAGAGGAUUGAUUGUGGUUUUUCUAUUUCAGCUCUGGACGGUAUUUGGAAAGGUAUGAAAUAUUUAGCCGAAGCUAUGACAUGGAUUCCAAAAAUGGUGCAACUAGCCAUUAAGCACGUGUUAAAGGCUGACCUAUGUGUAAUAAUUGUUUUCUGGCCGAUAUAUGUAAUUUUAUUAGUAGUAAUGUUCAUGUUCCUAAUUGCCUUUUUUUCUAGAUGGCUCAUCGAAUUGAUCAUAUUGAUCAUUCGUUUCUCAUUCUAUCUGCUUUGUUCCCUCGCAAAGAUGCUAUCUGUUCCACCCAUUAAACGUAUCGAGAGAAAAAAGAAGGAAUGGGAUGAAGCGACUAAGCUUCUAAAAUUGGUAUGUGAUGAAAUAGACAAGUCGAAGCAUUCUGGUACUCAUCACCACCAUUAUACCCUACCAAUUCUUGAGGCUGCACGUCAAAAUGCUUAUAAAGUCGUUGAUGAGAUUUUAUAUAGAUCACCUGAAGCAAUUCAUAGUAAAGACAACAGUGGGCAUGAUAUUAUUCAGUUAGCAAUAAGAAACCGUUCGGAAAAAAUCUACAAUCUUAUCUAUGACAUUGGUGAGCGUAAGAAUCUUUAUAGAAUGUAUAAAGAUUCUUCUGGAAACAAUAUCUUGCACUUGGCCGGAAAAUUGGCUCCUUCAAAUGUACUCAAUCGGAGAACUGGUGCAGCGUUACAACUACAACGAGAGCUUCAAUGGCAUGAGGAAGUGAAGAAACUUGUGUUUCCUACAUAUAUUACUCAAGAGAACAUUUUUAAGGAGACACCAGAUAUGGUUUUCACAAGGGAACAUGAGAAAUUGGUGAAGGAAGGAGAACAGUGGAUGAAAACCACUGCAGAGUCAUGUAGUAUCACUGCUGCAUUAAUUACCACAAUCGUAUUUGCAGCUGCAAUUACCGUACCUGGCGGUAGCAAUCAAAAUACUGGGACCCCCUUAUUUAAAAAGGAACCUGCAUUCAUUAUAUUUGCUAUAUCGGAUGCAAUCUCUCUAUUCGCAUCCAGUACUUCGUUACUUGUGUUCUUGUCUAUCUUAACAGCACGUUUUGCAGAGAAAGACUUUCUAUUGAGUUUGCCAAACAGAUUGUUCAUUGGACUUUUCUCUUUAUUACUCUCUACUACAGCCAUGAUGGUAGCCUUCAGCGCAACCCUGUUUCUUGUCUUUUGCAAUGGAAAAUUAAGGAUGCUUGCUCCUAUAUGUGUAUUAGCUUUCAUUCCUAUUACCUUUUUUGUUGGUCUACAAUUCCCUCUCAUGGUGGAUCUUUUCAGGUCAACAUAUUUAAACAUCUUUGGCAAGCAAAUAGUGACAGGCAUUCUCAGAAGUUUUAAUCCGGACGACAUACGGUUGCGUUUUGGUAUAAGAAACUAGUACACACCUCCAAAUCAUGUAGUCCAUGGUAUGUAUAAUGGUAUAGAGGUGCCAGUGAAUUGUAGAAAAAAUGUCAUUGAUGAGUGAUACAAUUACACGGGAAAGCUAUCGGUAUAUAUACUGGGUUGUAGAAGUGUUGAAAUAAUGACAUACGAAAACAUGGUUGGCUGAAUAUGAGAUUUACACCUAAGCAAAGUGAUGUCAUGCUUUUGUGACCUUUACUAGAUAAGUAAGAUUGAUAUUUUUUUUAAGAAAUUUAUUUUUUUAUUUAAAGAAUGGUUGACUAAAUAAAUAUGUAAUUAUUAUUUUUCUAGAAAUGAAGAGAGAUUAAUAGGUUACCAUC